AUGAAGCGUAAAACCUUGUUCUACAUUGUCAACAUGAUCCUGCCAAUAGUGUUUCUGUCUCUAUUGAACUCCCUCGUCUUUGCUCUGCCUGCCAACUCGGGAGAGAAGAUCACCCUCUGCAUCUCUGUUAUGCUUUCCUAUGCUGUGUUCCUCACACUCGUCAACGACGCUCUUCCCGAGAAUUCAGACGGAGUAUGUUACUUCAGUGCCUAUCUAGCUACUGAAAUCUUUCUCAGCAUGGCGGCCACCAUCGUCGCCGUUGUCAACUUGGCAUUCCACCACCGAGACCCAAGGUACAUAAGGGCAACCCGCUUGCUGACGUAUCUCUUGCCAGACAAGAAGAUCAAGAUCAAUGCUGAUGACAUAGUCAAAGUCAAAACCAUUGACCAGGCUCCCGAUACACAUGAUGAUUGCACAGGGAUUAAAGUGGUUCUUGGGUCCGACAUCGCUGCUGCGCUGGAUGGACUCGGCUUUAAGGUGUUCACCAUUGUCAACAUCGUUGCCAGCAUGUCCUUCUUCUAUGCCAUGUCUGGACUGUACUGA